AUGCCAGAAGGAAGAUCGCGAGCCGUUAAGUCUCCCAAACCAAAGAAAGGCAAAGCAGCAAAGGCGAAGGCAGAGAAGAAAGUAGCAAAGCUUGAGCAGCCACUGAGUGAACUGACGAAGGACUGGGAUCAUCUACCAAUUGUUGAUAUCGAGGCCUACGUGAACCGAUCCGCUGAGGAGAGGAGGAAAGAGGUCGAAAGCGGAAAAGUGCCUGGCAAAGUCAAGCGCCCAAUGAACUCGUUCAUGUUGUAUAGGAAGGCAUAUCAAGGACGAACAAAAGACUGGUGUCUGCAAAACAACCAUCAGAUCGUUUCGCAGGUUUGCGGCGACAGCUGGCCACUGGAGCCGGAGCAUAUCAAGGAGCAGUACAGCGAGUGGGCUCGAAUUGAGCGAAUCAACCACCAAAACGCGCAUCCAGGAUACAAAUUUUCGCCUAGCAAGCCAGGCGCUUCAAAGGUAAACAAGAGGAAGGUUUCCGAGGAGCCCAUUACUGAGGAAUCCGACUUGGACGACUUUGAGUGGCAAAAUGGCAGCUCGAAAAGAAGUGUGAAGAGGCACCGAGCUUCUCCCAGCAUGCUUCAACACCCUGUCGCGUACCCCACGACCGAUUCGGCCUACCAGUACACAACGAGAGACAACUCAAUGGAGCCAAGUCACAACUUCCAACCGUCUUCGUAUCAAGCCAACAAUCCCGGUCGUCCGCUUCCACCUCAUUAUCAAAUGCCAAAUCAAGGAGAAUACUACCAGCAAAUACUUCGCCGCAACCAGAAUUUCGUAGACACUGAGGAUGUCGUUCUCAAGCGGCAAACAACUCCAGGUCCACAUGCAUAUCUUGGGCUUCCUGGUGGCAGCCAAUUUGAUUUGAUGGGAUACCACCGAUACCAACCAUCUCCAGCACCCGAGUACAAGAUCGAUCCGGCUUUGGGCUUGGAUCAACAAUCCUUCGAUGGAAGCAGCAUGCACGAACAUGGCUUUUCAAGUUCGUACUACAACGAGAGUCAUAACGGUGAUCAUCAGUGGGAGGCUCCAUUCGCAGCUCAAGACCCAGUUCCCUUCAUUGACCCUGCCUUGAGCCACGAUGCUACCCAUAUCCAAGACCCGCAUACUCAUAUUUUGGGAGGCAACCAGGAAGGAUGGCACGUUGAUAGCUUGGAAGACGAUGACCAGUUCAACAAGUGGGUUGAAUAA